UUUUAAUAAUUUCUCAUUUUCCUUAUCUCUCUGCACACAUCUGAUAAAAACCCUAAUUCAAUAAUCUAUCUCAGCAGCCCCAUCCCUCAGCUUUCACUUCCCCAUCUUUAACACAAGCAACCACAAUUCACAAGAAGAGUGAAAGAUUCAAUGGAUGUUGACAUGAUGAAAGCAUCUCAUCAAGAAGAUCAAAUGGAUAUGAUGGCAGUCAUUAUGCAUAUGGAAAAGCUUCCUGAAUUCUGUGAGCCUUUCAAUAACGAUGCCAUUUACCAUAAUCCCACUGUAAACGUUUCUUCUCCUCCAUCAUCGGUCAACCCUUCUGCAACAAUACCUUUUGUAAGCACUCCAAUUCAAGAGCCCGUGACACCACCUCUUCAACCCACUGGAAGAUUCAAAAACGCCUUUACAUUACCCAAUGAAAAUGCUUAUCCGCCAUCAUUAGAGAAACGAAACUCCAUGGCAGCUAUGAGAGAGAUGAUCUUUCGUAUAGCUGCAAUGCAACCUAUCCAUAUAGACCCCGAAUCCAUUAAGCCCCCAAAGAGAAGGAACGUGAAAAUAUCUAAAGAUCCACAAAGCGUGGCAGCCAGGCACAGAAGGGAAAGGAUAAGCGAGAGGAUUAGGAUCCUUCAGAGACUUGUGCCCGGAGGAACCAAAAUGGACACAGCUUCCAUGUUAGAUGAAGCUAUACAUUACGUUAAAUUCUUAAAAAAACAGGUGCAGACGUUGGAACAAGCUGGUGCUCAAAGGCCAAUUGGUGGUGUUGGAUUUUCAGCACCAACAAUGGCUAAUGUGGGUUUCUCCACAUUCGCUAAAUCUUGCCAGCCUUCUCAAAUACUAGGAAAUAUGCAGAUGUUUAGAUAGGGAAAGAAAAAUAAUGGAAAAUUUUCAUUCCUAUGUGUUUUAAUUAGUGGUUUUGUAUGUAAAGAGUGAAUGUUCAGUUCUCAUUGUUAAUGUCAUAUAAUGAUUGUACUUUAUGCUUCCAUCAAAUUAAUUAUUCAACUUUUGAGUUUUGAGCUA